AUGCCGAACAAGGAGAAGCUGGCGAAGAAGAGCAAGUACUUCAACAAGCUCAUCGACUUGUGCGUGAACUCUCCCAACGCCCUCCUUGUAGGUGUGGACCAUGUGGCCUCCAAGCAGAUGCAGGACAUUCGCAUCGACCUCCGCGGCCGUGCCAUCGUUCUCAUGGGCAAGAACACGAUGAUUCGCAAAGCCCUCGAGAUCGGUCAUGAACAGCACCCAGAGGCCGGCCUCGACAAGCUGCGAGCGGCCAUCCAGGGAAACCGUGGCUUCAUCUUCGCAACGAACUGCACUUUGGAUGACAUCCGAGAAUGCCUCGCAAAGCACACGCGCCAGUCAGCUGCCAAGGCUGGCCAGACCUCCAUUGUCGACUGGUACAUCCCGGCUGGAGCCACCGGCAUGGACCCCUCCCAGACGGCCUUCUUCCAGGCUCUGAACAUCGGUACGAAGAUCGUGAAGGGACAGAUCGAGCUGGUCUCGGAUUUCAAGAUCCUGGCCAACGGAGAGAAGGUGUCUGCAAGUGGAGCGGUGCUGCUCGGAAAGCUGGGCAUCCGACCCUUCGAGUACAAGAUCGAGGUGCUGGAGGUCUUCCAGGAUGCUGCGGUCUUCAGCGCCGCUGUGCUGGACAUGUCCGAGCAGCAGCUGAUCGCAAAGUUCCUGGCAGGCGUUGCGAACAUGGCGGCCUUCAGCCGCGAGGUUGGCAUUCCCACGGAGGCAGGCCUGCCUCAUGCGUUCGGCAACGCCUUCCGUAACGUCGCCUCCCUGAUUGCCGACAUCGACUUCACUUUCAAGGAGGUCGAGGAAGUGAAGACGUUCCUGGCGGAUCCCGCGGCGUACGCCGCGGCCAACCCGGUGGCCGCGUCUGGCCCUGCCACUGGCGCACCAGCAGAGGCCAAGAAGGAGGAGAAGAAGGCCGCGGUGGAGGAGGAAGAGGAAGAGGAGAUGGACUUCGACCUCUUCGGCUAA